AGACCGGUCGCCAAGAGCCACGUCUAGUGGGAGAGGCCGGAGGGGAGGCAAAUCAAAGCCGGGGUCCUGGAAAGGAGAUAGAGGGGACCGAGAGCCGAGGGAGAAGAGCAGCCGGUGUCCCCGGUGACAGGCGUAAUCAAAGUGCAGUGUUAUGGUCUGCGAAUUGACUGGUGGAAGCCUUACCAGCACUAAUACAUUCAGCUUAUCUCAAAUGGAGAGGAACAGAACAUUAUAAACAUUGCAGGACUGUAACACUGAUAGUAUCACAUCUGAGAAGCUAGUGGUGAUCCGUAGCCAUGGACCCCCCAGCCACGUUCCAGGCGUGUUUAGAUUCUGUGCCUGGAAUUUAUAACUCUCAAGCGGAUAUUGCUGAUAGCAAAUCUGAAUCAAACACACCCCUGGCAGAGGGUAAAAUUAAUGAAACAAGUAUUAAUUCACAUAAACCAGCGAAGGAAGAUGGCAAUAUGAAGAGUAGCAGCUUGGGAGCUGAACGCCAGAAUGGGCCGGAGGCUUGUUACCCCGAAGAGACAUCACUGGAUUUCCUCAGCGGCCCCUGUGUCUCUGCAGUCCCUCCAGGUGUGGCUGGUUUCCAUGACAAGCUUUUGGAGUCUAGCACUGAGGGCCUAGUUCUUAGAAAAGAAGCUUUGCAGUCGCUGAAGCUAAGCCUUCACAUGCAGGAAACUGACCUGUGCACCAGAGAAACUUCCCUCCCGUUAGAGAGAGAGGAGCAGAUCCGCCUCCAAGCAAGGCGCCGGCUUGAGGAGCAAUUAAAGCAAUACCGAGUGAAGCACCAUCAGGAAAGAUCCAGUCAACCCAGUCCUAAAAGCCGUCCUUUCAGCACUUUGGAUCCUGAACUGAUGUUCAACCCAGAUAAUCUUCCCAGGGCCAGUACAGUUGCAAUGACUAAAGAAUAUUCAUUUUUGCGCACCAGUGUCCCACGUGGUCCAAAGUUGGGCAGUCUUGGCCUCCCUUCAUCUUCCAAAGAAAAGAAGUCCUCCAGGUCCUCAAAGUCUUCCAGUAAAAUACGUUCACUGGCAGACUACAGGAAAGAUGUGUCUGAACCUAGUGGUAAUAGUGUGGGAUAUUCCGAUUCAUCCCCAGGGUCCUUGAAAGAAAACAGGGGAAGCCUAACAUCAGUGGUGUCUGAAAUUACUGUUGAUAAGGGAGAGCGUUGGGAGAACUUGAGCUAUGACAACAGCUUAGAAUUGGAUGGAAGUGAUGUGGGGACAAAGCAUGAUGGGAAUGAGAGUGACAGCUCCACCUAUAGUAGUGUGUCUGCCAGUACAGGAGCUGUAUCUGAGAGAGCUUUCAAGAAAGAAGAGGACUACACUGUAAAUGGCCAGACUAUUGCAGCAGAAGAUGUAGGACAGUAUCCAUCCCUCAGUGAAGUAUUAAAAGCUGCUAGUGCUGAACAUCACGCUCAGGAGCCAGAGGUCAAUGGGGAGCCCAGGAGCCGAAGAGACAGCAUUUCAAGCAGUAUCUCUAUGGAAAGCUCCAUUGCUGGGACUCAUGAUGAACUUCUGCAAGUUCUCAAGGAGAAGAUGAGACUUGAGGGGCAGCUGGAGAGUUUGACUGCAGAAGCUAGUCAAGCUCUGAAAGAAAGGGCUGAGCUGCAGGCCCAGUUGGCAGCAGUAAACAUUAAACUCCAAGCUGAAGUGGAGGUCAGCCAGGCCAGUCAGCAGAAGCAAGACUCUUUGAACUCCGAAGUGAUCAGACUAAAGAAAUCCUGUCUAGACCUAGAAAGGGCCAUGGCAGAUCUACAGAGUAGCUUGGAGGCAAAGAAUGGCAGCUUGACUUCUUUGGGCAAUGACUUGCAAGUGGCAGAGGAGCAGUAUCAGCGGCUAAUGGGGAAAGUGGAAGAAUUGCAGAGGACAAUCAUCCAGAAAGAUAACACUGUCCAUGAUUUGCGCCAGCAGACUGCGUCACUGCAGUAUCAACUGCAGCAGGUGCAACUGGACCGCUCCGCACUGACCAACAAACUCAAGGCAUCGAGGACAGAAAUCUCCGCUCUGCAGCAGACUCGGGAUUGGUAUCAACAGCAACUUAGCCUGGCCCAAGAAGCCAGAGUGCGACUUCAAAGUGAAAUGGCGAACAUACAGGCUGGACAAAUGACCCAGACUGGAUUUUUGGAGCACCUUAAAAUAGAGAAUGUGACCCUCUCGCACCAGCUGACAGAGACUCAGCACAGGUCCAUAAAGGAAAAAGAGCGCAUAGCUGCACAACUCCAGAACAUUGAAGCUGACAUGUUGGACCAGGAAGCUGCAUUUCAUCAGAUACAAGAAGCAAAAAGCAUGGUGGAGGAGGAUCUCCAGAGGAAACUAGAGGAGUUUGAGGAGGAGAAAGAGCAAUUGCAGAAGCUAGCAGAUUCAGCUAGUGCUUUAGAACGUGAUCUUGAGCAGGCACAGCUAAAUUUGCAUCAAAAGGACCUGCAGCUUGAAGCUCUUCAGCAUGAACACCUGGAUAUACUAAAGCAGCUUACACUCGCCCAAGAGACUCUUAACACCAAAGACCAGUCAUUGAGUGACCUGCAAAUGCGAUAUGAUGAGCUGGAGGGCAGAUUGGAGGAGCUUCGGAAUGAUAGUUUGGCAAAAGAUGACACCAUCCAGUACCUCCAGAACCAAAAGAUUGUCCUAGAAGUGGCCUUGCAGGCAGCGAAGAUGGAGCAGGAAGAAAUAGAUCAAGGAGCUAAAAACUUGGAAGAAGGAACAGAAGCUGCAGCACAACUCUUGGACAAACUGCGACAGGAGCUUGCCGUCAGGUCAGGCCAGGUGGAAAGUCUGCAACAGGAAAAUGCCAGUAUGAAGAAACAAACCCAAAAAGUGAAGGAGCAAUUUCUGCAGCAGAAAGUAAUGGUUGAAGCAUAUCGUAGAGAUGCCAGCUCCAAGGACCAACUAAUUAGCGAACUGAAGAAUACCAAAAAGAAGUUGGAUUCCGAGGUGAAAGAACUGAGAAAGGAGCUUCUGAAGAUACAAGGUGAAAAGUCAGCAGGGGAGGUAGAACAGGCGCGGAUAAAGAAAGAGAUGAUUCAAAUCCAACAACAGAUAGAAGAGCUUGAAUCCCAUCUCCAAGCUGCACAGAAUGACAGGGAUGAAAUGGAACACCGUUUACAGUCCCUGCACUUUGACAGAGAACAGUUAACGGCUCUAACAAAAGAAAAUGCUACAUUGCGAGAGCAAGUGGAGCAGAUGCAAAAUGAGGCUAAAAAGGCGAUUACAGAGCAGAAACAGCGGAUGAAGAGGCUGGGCUCCGAUCUGACCAGUGCGCAAAAGGAGAUGAAGGUUAAACACAAGGCGUACGAGAAUGCUGUGGGGAUCCUGAGCCGCCGACUACAGGAAGCACUGACUGCAAAAGAAACUGCAGAGGCCGAGCUAAACAAACUUAAAGCUCAGGUCACAGAGGGAGGAGAUACGCAAGCCUUUCAGGAAAAGAUCAACAGCCUACAGACUGAGCUAGAGGCCAUUAGCAACAGUAAGGCCUUGCUGGAACGGGAGCUCCAGGAGGUCAUAUCUUUAACCAGUCAGGAGCUGGAGGAGUACAGGGAGAAGGUCUUAGAGCUGGAGGAUGAGCUCCAGGAAUCACGUGGCUAUAAGCGGAAGAUUAAACGCCUGGAAGAGCUAAAUAAGAAAGUGACGUUGGAACUCGAACAUGAACGUGGGAAGCUGACUGGCCUUGGCCAGUCUAAUGCCGCCUUGCGUGAGCACAAUAACAUCCUAGAGGCUGCUCUGGCAAAGCGAGAGGCAGAUCUGGUGCAAUUGAACCUACAGGUACAAGCUGUUCUUAAACGCAAAGAAGAAGAAGACCGCCAAAUGAAAGACUUGGUACAGACAUUGCAGGAUGCUUUGGAGAGAGAAAGAUUGAAAGUUAGCAGUUUAGUGGAGCAGGUAGCAGCAGCCAAGGCCGAAGCAGGUCACAAUCGGCGGCGCUACAGGGCAGCCGCUAUGGAGCUGAGUGAAGUGAAGAAGGAGCUACAGGCCAAGGAGCAGCUGGUUCUAGCUCUGCAAGCUGAAGCUGAAAAACUGCAGUCACAGGAUGAGAAACAGUCUGAGGAGCUGGCACAGUUCCAGCAAGAGUUGGCUGAAGCUCGCUCACAGCUUGUGCUCAUGCAGAAGGAACUGGAUGAACAGUUGAAUAAGAAACCAGAAUUCAGCCAGGAGGUGGAAGACCUUAAGUGGGAGGUGGAGCAGAAGGAUCGUGAGAUUCAGUCUUUGAAGCAGCAAUUAGAUUUGAAUGAGCAGCGCAGCAACAGAGAACUGGAGAAUGUCCAGACAUUAUUACAGAACUUGAAAUCCGAACUAGAGGUUGUGAAAGAUGAUCUUACAAUGACCCAGAAGGACAAGUUUGUCCUUCAGGCAAAACUAACAGAACUGAAGAACAGCAUGAAGACUCUGCUUCAGCAAAACCAACAAUUAAAACUGGACCUCAGACAAAGCCGCGUUAAAAAGAGGAAGGAUCUGAAAGGAAAUGUCACAUCUUCCAACCCUGUGACUCCAGUGAAGGUUCCAGACUGCCCUGUACCGGCAUCACUGUUAGAGGAGCUGCUGAAACCUUCAUCCGCAACCAGCAAAGAGCCUCUAAAAAACCUCAACAGCUGUCUACGCCAACUCAAAGAGGAAAUGGACAGCCUUCAGCGACAGAUGGAACAGCACACAAUUACGGUACAUGAAUCUAUGGAAUCCUGGAAUCAAAUUGAAGGGGGGCUACAGGAUUUCACAGUGCCCGGUGCCCAAAUAUUGACCGAUCCAAGCUUCCCCCUGAAUGACGAGAACUCUGAUGAGCCUGACCCCAGGAGAGCACAGCAGUAAUCCCUCUCUCUCUGCUAGUAUUUCCGUGCGUUUCCUUUUUUAAGGUCUUUUAAAGUAGAUGCACAGCACAAAAGGACACUGCUAUGCCUAAUUAAUGCUUAUACGGUUUUAUGGUUGAAGAAAAGCAUGCUUCCAAAAUAAAAUCCUGGAUUCAAAUUCGACAGUUUGCUCCGGUAAAAAAGGCUGAGAUCCUGGGCCUCAAGUGAAUAUGGUGUGAGUGUAGUUACAGACGGAACAUAAUAUGUAUCUGAUGAACUUUGAUUCUUUAUUUUCCCCUUAAAAUGAAAUAUCAGAUCAUCUUUCUUUUCUCUAUAGUAAGACUUAGUGUUACUAUAAAAAACAUGCCUUGUGCCAACACCUUCACCUUCUAUGGAUCAUCACCCCAGAUGAAAUAAACAAACGUAUCAUUAAGACAGCGCUGGGCGAGCUGGUGAGGCCUCAAAAGCUCAGCCCAGCUCAAGAUGAAAGUGUAUACAACACUUUAUCCCCUUCUGGCAUUGGGUCCUUGUUUGCUGUCUGAGGUGCAUGAGUACCUGUGUCUACGGAGGUGGGCUAGCUAGGUGUGGAGCAGGUAGCCAAACUGGGGCCUGACUCAAUGCCCCACUACUGUCAGUGCACUCUCCUUUAUGAAAGAUUUCAUAGUUCACAAUUUCAAAUGGCAAACCUAGUCAUAUCUUACUGGUCUGUCCUGGUAUGAAGAAUAAAUAUGGUUCAGCAAUGAUUAAAGUGUUUAUACCCUUUAUGCAGGAAAACCCCUCAAUUGACCCUGCAUUGUUUUUUAGAUUGACUAUGGUGUUGCCUUGAUGGCUUGUGCAGACAUAACCUUUUGUUUCACAAAAGAACACAGGGCCUUACGUAAUGCAUAAUUAAAAAGUGAGAUAAUUAUGCAGGGACAACUUGAUCCGUUCGGCAGCUCACCAGGACUGGUCUUCUAUCAUGGACACUUUAGUGAAGUGAACUGAAAUGCUAUACUUCCCUUAAAAAGCUCUAGUUUCAGUCAGUAUAAUGGAGGUUGUAAUUUUUAUGCCACCUUUGGUUAUUUCUUUUAGUUGUUAAUGAUGUAGAUACGAGUACACAUUUUUU